CGUAAGGCACGCACGCACUCCGGUUUGCUGGCGGAGAAGAUGGCGGCUCCUGGACCGGGGGAGUAUUUCAGCGUCGGGAGCCAUGUCUCUUGCCUCACCUGCCUGGGCCAGCGUCUGCAAGGCGAGGUGGUCGCCUUCGACUACCAGUCCAAGAUGUUAACGCUGAAAUGUGCUUCCUCCAGCGGCAAGCCCAACCUCAACGACGUCAUCCUGAUCAACUUAGCCUAUGUUUCUGAAGUGGACAUAAUCAAUGACCGCACUGAGACUCCGCCCCCUCUAGCAUCGCUGAAUGUUAGCAAGCUUGCCAAUCGAGCGAGGACAGAAAAGGAGGACAAGCUGUCCCAAGCCUAUGCAAUCAGUGCUGGGGUGUCUGUGGAGGGCCAGCAGCUAUUCCAGACCAUUCACAAAACCAUCAAAGACUGCAAAUGGCAGGAGAAGAACAUCAUCGUGAUGGACGACGUCGUCAUCUCGCCGCCUUACCAGGUCGACAACUGCAAAGGCAAAGAGGGAAGCGCUUUAAGUCAUGUACGCAAAAUAGUGGAGAAACAUUUUAGAGACGUGGAAAGUCAGAAGUCCAUGCAGCGUUCACAAGCACAGCAAACACAGAAGGACUCCACUUUAUCUUCUUGAGGCGCCGCUCCCCGGGGAUGGGGAGGGGGGAGGGAGGCCACACGGGCGCUCCCCGCUCCCGCCGCCACGCCGAGUCGGCCAUUCCUUGUCCUCAAUCCCCCACCCCACUGAGUCCACGAGGGUGGGAGCGCUGAGGUUCCUGGAUCAUGAAGAGCAAAAGUUAUCAUUUAAUGAAAAAGACAAAAAAAGAGAACGAGAGGAAAGAUUAAAUCUUAAAUUAGACUUUAUAAAGAAUAAUUUAAAACAUGAACCAUAAAGCCACCAUAGUUUCCUUAACUAACUUCACCCCGCCCCCUGCCCCUCCUCACCCCAGAGGACUCUUCUUCUCCUCCUUCCUUCCCCCCUCAAUCCUUCCUUCCUCUUCGCCUUCAGUUCCAUUUCAAAAAGAGAAAACUAGCGCAGUCAGAAAGGCUUGUUAGCUUUAUUUUCUGUUUUUUUUUUUUGUUUUGUUUUUUUGCCGUAUCCAUGUUCUACUGUCUGUAUUUUCUGUAUUUUAAACAAAAUGUGACUUGAAAUGCCACACUUUAAAGGACAUUUUCUAAAAUAAAAGUAACAAAAAUUCUGACUGUAAA